UGAUUGGCAGCGGAGCUGAGGCCCUGAGCCUAGUGAUGGGCGGAGGAGCAGGGCUGGGUCGUACUAGCUAGCGCCCAGGAGCCCUGGGUACCUUGGGGAGGUUCGUGAUGGCUCAGGCCUGGAGGCCGCUCGGUCCCCGGCUGGGAGAAAGGCUGGUCCCAUUGGGCAUCGAGAAUCUGCCCUGUGAACUGCAGAGGAACUUCCAGCUGAUGCGGGAGCUGGACCAGAGGACGGAAGAUAAGAAAGCAGAGAUCGAUAUCCUGGCUGCUGAAUACAUCUCCACUGUGAAGACGCUGUCAGCUGAGCAGCGUGUGGCACACCUGCAGAAGAUCCAGAAUGCCUAUAGCAAGUGCAAGGAGUAUAGCGAUGACAAGGUGCAGCUGGCCAUGCAGACCUACGAGAUGGUGGACAAACACAUCCGGAGGCUGGAUGCAGACCUGGCACGCUUUGAGGCAGAUCUAAAAGACAAGCUGGAGGGUAGUGACUUUGAGAGCUCAACAACCCGGGGGCUGAAAAAAGGUCGGGGUCAGAAGGAAAAGAGAGGCUCCCGGGGGCGUGGCCGGAGAGCCUCCGAAGAAGACACCCCCAAGAAGAAGAAGCACAAAGGAGGGUCUGAGUUUGCAGACACCAUCCUGUCUGUGCACCCCUCUGAUGUGUUGGACAUGCCUGUGGACCCCAAUGAACCCACCUACUGCCUGUGCCACCAGGUGUCCUAUGGGGAAAUGAUCGGCUGUGACAACCCAGAUUGUCCCAUUGAGUGGUUCCACUUUGCCUGCGUAGACCUCACUACAAAGCCCAAAGGAAAAUGGUUCUGCCCAAGGUGUGUGCAGGAGAAGAGGAAGAAGAAAUGAGGAAAGGCUGGGCCAUGGAUGGAAAGAUGGGUGUAUCUUUCACUCACGUUGCAAUAUUGUUUUUGGUUUUAAAGCUACCUUGUUUCCACUGAUAAUUAGUAACUCAAUGGCUGCUUCUGGAUCUUUCUGAACUCAAAACAAGAGCACCCUGUGUGCACUAUGGAGCGGUCCUGUGGGGCCUGCCACGGACUGGGUUCUCUGGAUUGAGUGUGGCAGACCCUGAGCAGGACCUGAGGGGACUGGGGGGCGGGGAGGGAGGGCCAGGGCUGCCAGCAGGUGUGGGUUGGGUUAGGGUGGACACUUGUAGUGGGGUAUACUGUCGCCACCUCACAACUGAGGUAUCAGCCGGGCAUUGUCUGCAGUUUUCCAGACUUCUCAUGGCCAGGGGCUCCAUGUACCCCCACCAUGGUAGGCACACCUGGUCCGUCAGCCCCGUGGGGGAGCACACCUUUGCCGUCAGUCGUGUGGAGUUAUGCAGUGUGGCUGGUCUGCCCUCUGUGCUGUGUUCUGACCCUGGCUCAGGUCAUCUGGACUCUGGCUGAGGACACUGCUAUGAUGCUGGGAAAUAGUCUCCCGGCUCCCUGCACUGCCUCAACUGGGUGAACCUCUGGACUAGGCAGCUCUGGUAGCAUGAGGCUUUGGGUCACGAUGCCCAGUGUUGACCUGAGGCGGCUGGACAGCUGGGCUUGUGGAAAUGCCUAAUGUUUUUACUGUGAAGAUGAAGUCUUAGCAUGCAGACUGUGGGCGUGUCUGUGAAGUGCUCUGUAGCUUGGUGGUGAAGCUAUUGUGCCACGGUAGGAGACCAGUGGGUUUGUGUUGAAUCAGCAUCUGCCAAACUGAAGCUGAACCAUCUUGUGGUUUGUGGUUGGGGGAAAUGUUCAUGUGGCCUGUUGGGGUCUCCCGGGGUUGAGGGGAGCUCAGAAGGUGGAACUGGGACGAGGCCCUCCUGCUCCCUAACAUGUUACUGUGGUGCUCUCUCCUACACGGAGCGGGUGUCAGUGUCCACUCAGGCGGCUGACCUUGGCUCGCUGCGGCUGGCCUGCAGGUGUCUGCCAUUGUUGGGGGGUGUGUGGGACCCUAGUCAGAGAAAAGUGUGGUCCCUGUCCAACCAGGCCUGGAGCCGGGGGAUGCGUUGUUGUGUGAUGACCGAGCAUUCCGUCUGCACAGGUGCGGCAAGGAUGCUCGCUGGGGAGGAGUCAGCUGUGGAAGUGUCUCUUCCCUGAUCAUGCUCUGUUGGGGAGAGGAGGGCACAGGGGUCCCAGCCGACCUCCUCUUUCCUUGUUACCUUUGCACACUGCAUGCCCUCGCCCCUGUGCCUGCAACUGGUGUCACACACAGCGGUAGCCUGCAUGUCACCAGCAAGCCACCUGCUCUGACUUCACAUCUGUUCUGUUUACUUGGGGGUUUCAACAGUGUCACUAAGAUCCCUUGCAGGUGUGUCUAGAAGGGAGCCCUCAGCCCCCUGCCAGGAACAGCCGGUGGGGUGGGGACCACUCCUACCAUGGCCCAGCAUCACUGCGAUAGCACAAGGAGCCACAUGGAGGCUUGGCUGCCUUUGCCGGGUUGUCUUGAGACCUGGGGACCUAUCCGAGGUGGCACCCCACCUCACCCCCAACUUCUGUUGUGCG